AUCAGAUAAAUCGAACUUUAGAGUUUUUAGUUUAGACAAACGCUGUUUAAAGUAAUAUUUUUUAUUUAACUCUUAAUAUUUAAUAUCUAUAUAGCCUCGUUAAGACGUACCAAAAUGGCUGCGGUUAUUCCAGUUGUGACCAAAUUAUCAAAUAGAGUAAUACGCAUACUUGGUUGUAAUCCUGGUCCUAUGACUCUGCAAGGUACCAAUACUUAUUUAAUUGGGAACGGCAGAAAUCGUAUAUUGCUGGAUACGGGUGAUAGAGAUGUACAGGAUUAUCAGAAAAACCUUGCUGAAGUAGUUAAAGCAGAACAAAUCAAUAUUGAACAUAUUGUGGUAACACAUUGGCAUCACGAUCAUAUUGGUGGAGUUGAAAAUCUUUAUGGAACAAUUGCAAAACAACCACAAAUUUGGAAACACAAGAGAGACUCAAGCGAUGCCCCAGACAGUGAAUUGCCUAAUACAUUGCCAUUGAAUUGGCUAGCUGACGGUCAAGAGAUCAAAGUCGAAGGCGCUACUGUUAAGAUUCAUCACACACCUGGCCACACAACAGAUCAUGUUGUUAUGACAUUGCUCGAAGAUAACAUAUUGUUCAGCGGCGAUUGUAUAUUGGGUGAAGGGACAGCAGUUUUUGAAGAUUUAUAUACUUACAUGAAAAGUUUGAGUAAAAUACUGGAAUUGAAACCCAAUGUUAUAUAUCCAGGACAUGGCAACAUUAUUGAAGAUCCCACACAAAAGAUAGAAUACUAUAUUAACCAUAGAAAUCAAAGAGAGGAGCAGAUACUCGAUGUGAUGAAGAAAAACAUGGAAAAGAAAUUUAAUGAAAUGGACUUGGUGAAAGUAAUAUAUGUAGAAACUCCAGAACAGUUAUGGCCGGCAGCUGCCUAUAAUGUAAGCCAUCACUUGAAAAAAUUGACAAAAGAAAAUAAAAUAACAUAUUUUCAAGUUGAUGGUGAAAAUAAAUGGCAGUAUACUGCUUCUCGGAGUAACUUGUAAUUGAAGAAGGAAAUAGAUAUAUAUGUAUU